AUGAAAAAAUGUGCCAAACAUGAACAUAAACCAACGGCAAAUGAGAAGAAGAAAACCAACAACGUAAUUGCCAUGCACGACAAAAACUUGCAAUGUUCACAUGUAAGAAAGAUAAGAAAAGUGAGAUCAGCAUCGGUCGAUGGAUUGGACGAUGAUAAAACAUUAAAAUUUAUUGGCAUCGUUGUGCUGAUUGCAGCGAAUGGCGAAGCCCAUUCAAAUGAAAAUGUUUCCAAUAAAUGGCAAAUGAAAAGAAAUGGAAAAAGCUCAUUUAACUUAAUUUGCAAUUUGCAGUUCAUUUUGAUGAAAUUUGGUCUUGCAUGCUGCCAGUGGAAUCUACAAAUAUCUGUCAUUGCCGUUGUUGCUACUGCUUCAGUUUCCCAACACAUGUCACAUUCAAUUAAAAUUAAUUAA